CGCCGCGCCCGCCCCGCCGCAGCCGCGCCCGGGCCGCUCUCGCCAUGCGGCUGUGGGUGCUCCUCAGCGUGCUGCUGCUGCUGCUGCAGGAAGCGCUGCCACACGUUAUUGGACAGCCUGCGAAGAGUAAGCGUCCCAAAGAACCUGGAGAAAACAAAAUUAAGCCUGUUAACAAGAAAGUAAAACCCAAGAAUGCCAAAAUGAAGGAGAGGGAGUCAGUGGAUUCCUCUUUGAAGUCCCAGUCCAUACUGACACAGGUGAUGGAUAAAGGUCAUUUUCAGAAACUAGCUGCCACCUUAAGCCUGGCUGCAGGACAAAGCAUAGAGCUGCGAUGUAAGGGGAGUAAUGUUACUUGGAGCUAUCCUUCUUAUUUAGACACCUUUAAAGACUCCAGACUCAGCAUAAAGCAGCUUGACAGGCACAGUCAGCUGAUCCUUGCAAACUCCACUGCAGCAGACACCGGUGAAUACAGCUGCUGGCUUCAGCUGUGCAAUGGUAACAAAUGCAGGAAGGAUGAGACUAAAACAGGGUCAACAUACAUCUUUUUCACAGACAAAGAGGAGCUUUUUGUACCUACUCCCAGUUAUUUUGAGAUUGUCUACCUGAACCCAGAUAAACCUGCAAUCAUCCCAUGCCGUGUUACUACUCCUUCAGCAAAAGUGACUCUUCACAGGGAAUUUCCAGCAGAAGAAAUUGAAACAGAUGGAACUGAUAUUUUUUAUGAUGCAAAGAAGGGUUUUGUCUUCCAGCACCCUACUUCUGAUCAUAAAGGUAUUGUCUACUGCAAAGCAGAGUCACAGGGAGCACCUCAGAUUUCCAUCAAAUAUCACCUACUAUAUGUGGAAGUUCCCAAGGGCCCACCCUCAACCACCAUCGCAGUGUCAUUGGGUAGAGCUGGACUCAGUGACGGAGUUCAUGUCAUCUGCACAGUCCUUGGGGAGCCAGAUGUGGAUGUGAGCUUCAGGUGGCAGUAUCCAGGGCAACAGUCCGGGAGGCCUGUGAUUAUUCAAAACUUCUGGAGAUUGAUAAACAGAGGAAUUGGCCAUACUACAAGAAUCUCAAAGAGCGUUCUUCUUGUGGAGGAUUUUGAAGACACAGAUGUGGGAAACUAUGUUUGUAUAGCUCGGAACCUACAAGGAGAAACAACAGUAGCUACCAAAGCUGAAUUGAAGUGAUAGAAAAGACUUCUGGUUGUGGACUGACCUGUAUGUUAUUUGACAUUAUAGCCAUUAAUUUUCUUUAUUAAAGUUUAAAUAUAGCUUCUCUCUCACUGUUUCUUUUAUAUGAUGUUGACGAGCUUGACAGGCCACAACAGAGUUCACUCUGUCCAGCAAUAGUGAAUUGUGAGUUAAUGAAACUACAAUGAAGCAUUAAAGUGUAAGUCUGAACAUGCCUAGGGUGUGUGCAUAUUUGGAAACAGGUGCUCUUUGGGCUUUCCUUUGCAUCUGGUCUUUCCCUCAGACUCUUGCAGGAGGUCAGCCCGCUGUGUGGAACGUGCAAUUUGAACAUUAAGAGUACUGUACACGCUUAAAACAACAGCAAAAAAGCAAACUAAAAAAGCCUUGUAACAAAGUUAGCCAAUAGCAGUUGUUUAUUUUGCAAGAAUAAUUAAAUUUCUGAACAUUAUGAAAACAUAAA